CGAAAAAUAAUAAGGCUAUCUGAUGACCAGUGCGGGUUUGUUGCGGGUAAAUCAACCACAGAUGCAAUCCAGAGUAUCAGAAUCAUUAUGGAAAAACAUCGAGAUUCCUUGGAGGAUUUGCAUGUGGUAUUGGUUGAUUUUGAAAAAGCAUUCGAUCGACAACCACGAGAUCUGAUAUGGGUGGCCCUCAGACAACGAGGAGUUCCGGAAACCUAUGUGCGGAUAAUUAUGGACAUGUAUGAUGGAGCAGUUACUAAAGUAAGAUGUGCAGCUGGAGUCACCGAAGAAUUCGAAAUCACAGUAGGUGUACACCAGGGAAGCGUCUUGAGUCCUCUGCUCUUUAUUACCGUUCUUGAUUACCUGCUUCAAGGCAAAGUGACGGACCCAAAAGUGCAUCAGUUAUUCUUUGCUGACGAUGGAGCCAUCAUAAGUGAAGACCCGAUAUCCCUGCAACGAGCACUUGAUGUAUGGGUACGGUGACCAUCCGUCCCGGUUUACCCGGGACUGUCCCGUAUUUCUACAGCUUGUCCCGGGUUUUUAUUUAAGAAACCCGGGACGUAUAAGUGUCCCGUAUUUUGUAAUUUGUCCCGUGAUUGUCCCGUAUUUGCACAUUCUCUGAUUUUUGUAUACAAUAUUUUAAAAACUUUGUACGGAAAACAAGAAAA